AUGGGCGAUGAAAUGAGUGUCGAGCAGGAAGCGGAAGCAAUUCUCGAGGCAGAAACGAGCUUCGGCAUGCGUGUGUGGCAUCUGCUGUUUCUGUCCUGUGGAUCCGUGCUCGGUGUCGUCAUCAUGCUGUGCUGCUGUAUACGGUUCCGCAUACCCCGUACCAAGCAGGACAUAGAGGCGGACUACCAUCGGAAGAAGCUAACGCGAAAGUUUCGCGAACGGUUGGACUGCAUGAACAAUGCCGAUAUCGACGAGAUGGAUCUUAUCAAAGCGCUCGAGCGUGUCCGGGAGGACUACGUGGCGGAACAGGAGAAGCUGGCAAGCAAGGAAGCGACCGAAAACAAGGAUAAUCAAGCAAUCGUUACUGUUUGUGAUAAUGUCUAAAGCAUGCUUGGGACAUGGCACAAGGAUUAAUUACACUAUCGGCUAUAAAAAUCGAUUGGUUUAAUGCGAUUGGGGGAAACAGUAGUGUUUGUAUUGGUAUUUGAGCUAAGUUCGGAAUUGAAGCUCUGUGAUGCUAAAUUCUCGUUGCUUUUAAUUACGAAAAUGAAUUUGUAGAAGAUUGAGCUAUUGUUGAAAUCUGUUUAAAACAUGUGUGUAGAUUAUACCUAACUUACUUUAUUAACUGAAAUAAAGAGAAUAA